AUGACCUUUCUCAAAUACCUGUUUCUCCGAAUAACAGCCCUCUUGCUAAGAGGUCUCGUGCGACUCCAAGGCAAAAUAACAUCUUCUCCGGAUGCUGUCAACUACAUUCCUUCUCGUGACCCCCAAAGAAAGAUCAAAAUUCAUGUAUAUCAACCAAAGCAUGAAGUGAAGGGCCCUGUUCCGGUUCUCAUCAAUUUUCACGGAAGUGGAUACCUCAUUCAUGCCCACGGUAGCGACGAUGCUUUCUGUCGAGAGGUCAACCAGCGCACCGAAUACACAGUCCUUGACGUCUCGUAUCGACUUUCACCCGAGAAUCCAUUCCCAGCCCCCAUUCAUGAUGCUGAAGAUGUCGUGAGAUGGGUCCAGGAGCAACCGACUCUGUUUGACGCCUCGCACAUUGCUCUCUCGGGGUUCAGUGCAGGGGGGAAUAUUGCCCUUGUCAUUGCGUCGACAUCGUUUCCAAAAGAAACAUUCCGUUCACUUCUCACUUUCUACCCGGCCACCGAACCGUGUCUGGACCCAGCUACUAUAGCCGCACCUCAAGCUGGUGGGCAACCUGUACCGUCCUUGAUGCUUCGUAUCUUCCGCGCUUGUUACGUCCAGUCAGAUAUUGACUUGAGAGACCCGCGGAUCUCUCCUGGUCUUGCAGACCCUCACAGCAUUCCUCGAAAUGUUCUUGUCGUUACGGCCGGGUAUGACUCUUUGGCCGAUGAAGGCGAGCGGCUCGGCAGAUCUCUUCAACAAGAUCCUGAUCGACACGUUGUCUGCGAAAGAAUGGAUAGAUGCAAUCACGCCUGGGAUAAAAUGGCCCAAAAGGCAACACGCGAGUGGGAAAUGAAAUGCGAAGCAUACAAUAUGGCUGUUGAGAUGUCGCGGCUAUGA